AUGGGGUUUUCAAUCUCCGAGACCCUCAACUUAAACGAACUCACCUUUUCUCACCGAGACCUUGCCAUUAUUGGCGACUACGCGGGCUGCAUCUGGAAAUGUAUCAAGAUUGCGAUGAGAAAGCGUCCAAAUACACGAGAAACUGCGCAGAUGUGUCGACUCGUGCACGUUGAUCUCUUUUGGGACAAGCUUUCCGACGAGCUGAAGAAUGACCCAAUGAAUGUACCAUGUGGGAGAGUGUCGGUUUUUCUACGAAACUGUCUUCGCGAUAUCGCAACCGUCAACCCCGAGGGACCAUGGAUUACCUUCGAGAUGGCGGUAUUUGUAAUUGCCGUUUACACGAUUCGGAACAAGGUAUUCCAUCGCGCCUUUGCUUCCGAAGACCCAUACGAAAACCAGCGAAUUACCCGCGGAGAUAUUCAGAGAUUCAAGUGGACGACCUGGGUCUCUCCGGCUCAUCAGACUACUGUGGAAGAUAUGAUGAAAAUGUACUCCAAUGGACUGAUUUGGAGGAUGUCCAAGGAUGAGAAUCUGGCGAGGAAAGUGAGGGAAGGCCGCGGAAACUGA